AUCAGUAGCACACGGCCGUGCUGAAACCGGCAGGAGCACUCGCGCACCGACCGCGAUCACGGCAGCUCUGAUCUCUCGUCGCUCCGCUUCGAACGCGCGCGCGUGCAGCAUCCGCGCGGCAGGCCGAUCACAUUUAGAAGUUUUCCCCGAGUGCUCCGAGUGUAAUCAGUAUGCCUGGGAGGUUUCGACGAGGUCUGUUUUGGAAUUGAAACCACUCGGUAAAACUCGGUUACUCUCGAUACACUGACGGAAUAAUGUUUAUGUAAUUAACGAAAUGUACACAUUUAGUGUUGUAAUCGUUGAUCGAUUACAAUGAUACACGAGACGCGAUCGAAGCUCGUGAAGAAAUUACUCGAUGCUGGAGGAAACAGAUUAAUCGUGCCGUUUAUGUCAUAAGCAAGAUUCGCUAUGGCGAUACGUCACGAGCAAGUUGGUCGUAUUGCCGUCCGAAGGAUCAUCAACGAUCAUCCGCAAUUAUUCCGCAUGUUAGCGCAAUCCCUUAAUUAAGUCGCUCAUAUCAGCGGUGGACCGCUGCUAAUUAACGCCAUCGCCAUCGUCCUUCUCGGGGAAAGAACUUCACGUCAUCAACCGGAUUUAACGAGAAACCAUUUGGCGCACGUGAAUAUUUCUCUCUCUCUCUUUCUUUCUACCUCUCAAAAAGAAAGGAUGAUACUUGUUGUUCGAUAAAAAAAAUUGUGCGACGAGGCGUCGCGGCGCCGUGACAAUGUGGAAAUAUGAGACUUUCUACGUCAGCUAUCGGAUCCCGGCGUCGUCUUCGUCGUUUUUGUCGAUACCGUGUUCGCAUCAAUGCAGCUUACAACGGUCACCGAUGUACAAGUCCAACGUCUAUUGAAGAAAAAUGGGUGCCAAUCAAUCGACCCGAAGUGAUCCCACCCCCGGAGAAGAAGUGAACUUCGAUCAUUUUCAAAUUUUACGCGCUAUUGGAAAAGGCAGCUUCGGCAAGGUCUGUAUCGUGCAAAAACGUGAUACUAGUGGCCAUAUGUACGCUAUGAAGUACGUACAUAAAAACGAAUGCGCAGAACGGGGUGCCCUAAAGAACGUAGCAAGGGAAGUCGAGAUCCUGUCGAAGCUGGAACAUCCUUGUCUAGUAAAUUUAUGGUUCAGCUUCCAAGAUGAGGAGGAUCUCUUUAUGGUAUCGGAUUUACUAUUGGGCGGCGAUCUGAGAUACCAUAUCCAGCAGGAGAUUGUGUUCAGCGAGGAGAGCGUCGUGCUGUUCGUGGCCGAAAUAGCAUUGGCGCUCGAUUAUCUGCAGAAUCACAAGAUUAUCCAUCGGGACAUUAAACCGGACAAUAUACUGCUGGAUGAAGACGGUCACGCCCAUGUAACAGAUUUUAACAUCGCAACUGUACUUGAAGACGGACAACUGGCGACUUCGAUGUCCGGAACAAAGCCGUAUAUUGCCCCGGAAAUUUACAUGUGCUCAUGUGAGGAAUAUGGUGUCCUCGGCUAUGGGUUCGCUGUGGAUUGGUGGAGUCUGGGAAUCCUCGCUUGGGAGACUCUAGCUAUGGAAAGACCGUAUCCACUUCAUUCCACAACGUCUAACAGGGAAGCUUUGAGAAUCUUGCAGGAAGAAAGGCCGACACCUUCGCAUUGGAACCCAUCGACAUGCGAUCUCCUGGACUGUUUAUUAACUCUAGCCCCGAACGCCCGAGUGUCGAGCUUAAAGGAACUGAAGCGGACGAGCGUAAUGAGAGAGUUGGAUUUUGACAGAGUGCUGAAUAAACAGAUAAAACCGCUCUUCACCCCGCCAAAGGAUCAUUUAAAUUGCGAUCCCACUUUCGAGCUCGAGGAAAUGAUAAUCGAGACGAAGCCCUUGCACAAGAAAAAAAAACGUCUGGCUAAACAAAGAUCGUUAAGGGUCGAGUACUCGGUAGAGGAUGCUAGCGGUUUCAUCGAGGGCGCUGGAUCAAGCUUAGAUUCGCGAAGAUUAGCUUACAUCCCGGAAUAUCGGGUUUAUAAUCGCGAACGCGAGAUUGAGAGAUUAGAGAGAGAAAAGAAGGAGAGACAAUGGGAAGAGGAACUGAACACUGCCAUGAAAGGUGCCGAAGAAAGACUCAAAACAAAGCAGCAACAUCUGCCAGCCCAGCGAACCGGAAAUCGACUGAGCGUCUUGACGACGAACGUCAAAGCACGUAUAAGCGCCUCACCGAGGCAAGGACGCCGAGGGAGCGCCACGACGUCCUCGGACAUCGACUUCAUCGACGCAAGUCCGGAGCCUAGUACAUCUUAGAUAACACUGAGAAUUCUGUACCUAUCUUCUGUAGCCUACCAAUGACCAGUAGUCUCUUUUAACUUUGCGCGAAUAUAUAUUAAUAUUUAAGAGACACUAAUAUUUAUCUAGUUUAAUAACUUGCUAUAAAAGUAUUAUUUAAU